AUGUCAAAGUUCGCUGGUGCGACGGCCCGAGUGAUCAAAGGAACUGUUGGCUCUUCACGGCCUACCAGGUUUGAGGGCGAAAAUUACUUCAAAAUUCGUUUUAAAUUUGCAAUUUUUUUGGUCUUUUUUUGAAAAAGUUUACUUUGAGCGGCUUUCGAUAAUUUGAAUUAAUUUCAUGAAAAAGGUUUUUUUUUCUAAAAUGAUACGAGGUGAAAAAAAUGGACGAUUUCGAAGUAAAACGGAAUGGAUAAAAACAAUUUCUAUGCUUUUGUAUCACGUUUAAUAAGAAAAUUUGAGACAAAAAAGCUUUUCGAACAACGCCAACAAGCUUUCUUUUUCGCGCCUAAGAGUUGGUGCACCUAAGUCGAACCAAGAAUCUUCGCACCUAAUUAAGAAGGAUUUGAAGGGCGGCCCUGACGCUGACCAACGAGGCCGUCAAACGCAUCGGCGCCCUUCUCCAGCAACAAACCGACGCCAAGGCUCUCCGGGUGAUUUUUUCCCCUUUUUCUGCUUGCCUUCAUUUAUUAUCACUAGAAAGAACAUCAAAAUGUUUUGUUCAUCUUCUUAGUUUCAGUUUCAUUUUUCGAAAUUUUUGCUGUGAAUGUAAAGCAAUUGUUUUUAGCAUCUGUAAGUUUUUUUAGAGUUGGGACAUAAUUACGCGGAAAAAAAAACGUUGAAUAAGUUCCACUGCUGAUCUGUUUCUUGUCAUUUUUCCUCCUUUUUUCUAACAAAUCUGAGUUUGCCAAAAAAGCGCGUUUUGUGACGAGACCAUAUUUGAAAUAGUCAGAAUAUUGUACAGAAUUAAUAUUUUUAGAGAUGAGAAAAGAUGAAAAGAAAGGAAGAGGUUCUUUCAAUCGUUCAAAAACGUUCAGAUCGGGGUCCGCCAGAAAGGCUGCAACGGCCUAACUUACACUUUGGAAUAUGCGAAAGACCGGGCAAAGUUCGACGAAGAGGUUCUGCAGGUGAUUUUUCUCCGGAAUUAGCAAAAAGUGGGAAAAAAAAAAUGAGAAUUUCGCAGGACGGCGUGCGGAUUUGGAUAGAGCCGAAGGCACAACUCAGCAUACUCGGCUCCGAGAUGGACUAUGUCACAAACAAACUUUCCUCCGAGUUUGUUUUCCGCAAUCCCAACAUCAAAGGCACUUGUGGAUGUGGAGAAUCUUUUAGUUUAUAG